AUGAAUUUGUCUUGGGCUAACCAGUUUGCUAAAACUGCUUUAAAGACUGCUCAACAAAAGAUCGACAGUGUUCUCGACAUACGACCGGACGAAGAAGAAGCUACAGGAUCAGUCACGACCGCGAUCUCCGAUGAUUUGCUCGUAAACCCUGCCGUGCCACUUGGCGUUACAGAAGAGGUAAAUGUACCUACUCCUCCAGCGACCUCAUCAGUGAAUGGGGAAGGUUGGUCAAAUGCAUGGAACAGUGUUUCAGCUGAUCAAGAGCUCGUCGUGGAUUCAGAACCAAAUCCUAUCAGAGACGAAUGUCCGCAAGCGUCUGCGUCCUUGUUCGACCAUUCGCCUUCUUCGAACUCAUCCGAUGGCAUAGAGCCUGGACAAUCUCCGCAAAAAGUUAACGAAUAUGAGGAGAACAAACGGGUAGAGAUAGGAAAUGUUGAGAAAUCCGUGUAUGUAGACGUGGAUUUAUCCGUGCCUAGUCCCGACGAAGUUCAGUUCGCUUCUUCAUCAGACACCAUUCAGGAGGAGAACGUCUUACCACCUUUGCCAGACAUCGGUCGCGAAAAUUCUCAUCAAGAUGAUUCAAUAACUGUUGCUUCCAGUGAUAUUGAAGUGAUUCGAAAUGCAGAUGCAUGGUCAAUAGCUAGUAGUAAGCCUGCUACGGAUCACAUGCCUUCCCACGUCCUGACGUCCAAGCACGAUGCGAUGGAAUCAUUUCGUGCCCAACUUCUGCAUGCUGAGCAACGCAGAAAUGAACUUAAGGCGGCGAACGAUACGUUGCAGUCUAAUAAUGCGCAGCUGCAGCAACGAAUUAUUCUUCUAAAUCAACAGCAAUCAUCCUUAAAAAAGGAACUAGAAGGCAAGAAAACGGAAUUGGAAGAUCUUUUUGCAGAAGGUAAACGCCUUUCUGACCACUCUGGGAAACAGGCUCGCGAAAUCAGACGUCUCAAAAGUGAGCUAGCUGAGCUAGAGAAAGUGAAAGCUGAGCGGAAACGACUCAAAGAGGAAAAAAGCAGAGCUGAAGAAACAAUCGAUCUUCAAAAGGAGGAAAUUGCCUCACUCAAAGGUAUGGUCAAGCAGCUGGAGUCCAGUGCUGAGCAACUGCUAAAGGAGCAGUCCAUGCGUGCGGCAAGCACUGAGGUUGCUCAAAAGCAUGCGUUAGAGCAGAACAAGCUUGUUGCGGAGCUGGAGCGAGAUUUAUUAGAAGCUAGGAAGCAGAUAGAUGAAUUAACUGACAGUAAUAAGAAGUUAACUAGAGAAGCUGAAUUGAUGCAAUCAGCCAACUGGUCUGAAAGAUUGGCCGGAGAACGCGCUCACGAAACAGUAGCAACUAUUAACACUGAAUUACUCGAAGCUCGUGCUCACAUCGAACGUCUUCAAUCACAAUUGCAAAGCACCGAAAGCCGACUGGAGGUUGUUCUGAAUGAGAGGAACAGUGUUGCGGAAUCGAUUUCUCAAAGCAACAUCCCAUUGUUGGAGGAAAUCAACAACUUGAAGCAGUUACUCUAUCGUGAACAGAGCGCAAGUGAAGAAUCGGAUAUAACGAUACGCGCUCUUAAGAGGGAUCUUGAUGUUGUGAGAGAGCAAUUCGACAAAUCCAAGGAAAUUAAUGAAUCUAUGGUGAUGCAUCAUCAUCAAGAGUUGACGGUAGUAAAUCAGAAGGUGCAACAUCUUGAACGAGAGAUUGCGCUUAUGCAGGAAGCACGGGAGAGUGCCAUUACGGAGUAUAAGUCGGCACGAGCUGGUGAUGCUGCUGCAUUGGAGAACCUACGAGAGGAAAACGCCGUUCUGUUGAAUGAUAUCUCCUCCCUUAGAACCAGCUUGAAAGGGCUCAAAGAUGAGAACGAAGCACUGAAGUCGUCGUUGGAAGAGGCAAAAGCUCAACGAGUACUGCCACAACCUGUUGAAAAGUUGGCAAAGGGACAAGCUCAGAAAGAUGCUGGACACCCUGAAAGCGAUACUUUCGGUGAAAUUGCUAUGCCAACUUCGCAAGUGGCCCCUUUUUCAUUGACUCCCCCUCAAAGUGCUACGGCAGUCCUUCAUGACAUGUCACUGAAGAGAAUCAGUUUUCUGGAGCAAGAAGCGUUACGUUGUGGUCAACUAGAAGAUCAAGUGCGGCAGCUGAAAAAGGAGCUACAG